AUGGCCUCUCUUGCUGCACUUGAUACAAGCACGUCUGUGAUGCAACCAGCUCAACUCUUAAACUGGGUGUUUUUGACUUUAGCAGAUCAACAGAAUAAUGUUCAGAAUGGUCAAAGUCUGUAUACAGAUCCUUGGAACAACCCGACCAAUCCUCCAUUGACUUCUGUUACUACCGUCAAUAAUUUACUCAAAUCUCAUAGUCAAAGUAUUUUUAAUCAGGAUCCAUGGUCAUCCUCAAUUACAAGUGGAUUAAACACGACCACCUCACCCUAUGGAAGCAUUCAAGAUUUAGCUGAUCAGUUCUGUGACUUAUCAUUGUCGAUAGAUAGAAAACCUGUACGAAGACCACCCAGUACAUAUUUGUGUCAUUUGUGUUUUAACAAGGGGCAUUAUAUCAAGGACUGCCCACAAGCCCGCCCAAAAGGUGAAGGUCUCACACCUUAUCAAGGUAAAAAGCGAUGUUUCGGAGAAUACAAAUGUCCCAAGUGUAAACGAAAAUGGAUGUCUGGUAACAGUUGGGCUAAUAUGGGACAGGAGUGUAUCAAGUGCCAUAUAAAUGUCUAUCCUAAUAAACAGAGACCACUGGAAAAGCCUGAUGGUCUGGAUGUGUCUGAUCAAAGUAAAGUUCACCCACAACAUCUGUGUGAGAAAUGUAAGAUGUUAGGAUUCUAUUGUAGAAGAAAUUAA